AUGCCGCAAAAACGUAAGUGUUAUUAUUAUAUGUGCCAAAACACAAGUGAUGACGGUUUGCCAGCCUUUCGCUUUCCGGUGGAUGAUCCAGAUCGACUACAAAAGUGGAUUUCGAAUUCAGGGAAUGCACUCUUGAAAUCGCUACCGAAGGAGACCCUAAGGCACAGAUACAUCUGCGUGAUGCAUUUUCAGCAUCAUGAUUUUAGUGAAGGGUACGAGAGAUGCAAGUUGAUUGGAAAAGCAGUGCCAAUGCCUUGUUGGCAGAAUAGUGACUCUAGUGAUGAUCAUACAUCUCUUGUUUCUAAUGUGGAUCUUGAACCGGAAAUGAAGGUAAAGGAAGAAAUUAAGGGUAUACAUGAAAACACAACAAAUCCAGUCCAACCAGAGAAUGAAUCUCAAGGAGGAAAUACAUCAUUUCGAGACAAGUCGCAGAGGUUAAGGAACAAAAAAGCUUUCUUGGCGAAACGGUCCAAAUGUACAGUACCACAGUGUAAAGGAGAAGUUUCCAGUGAAAUAUCUUUACAUCUUUGCCCCAAUAACCCAGCCGUGAGAAAUGAAUGGGCCGAAGCUUUCAAUGUUACCUACUCUUAUGUUAAAUCUUUGAUUGCGUGCAGUCAACACUUCACCAAACUGGAUUUUAUUCAGUCAAAAAAUUCUGAGCGUGUAUUGAAACAUAAUGCAGUGCCCUCUCGUAAUCUACCUAAAAAAGGCGCCGAUAUAAAACACAACUGUGUCAAAAAGUUUGUCCCUAGCCCAGUUAAAAGAAGUUGUUUUCAGAAGCAGAUAAUGAACAAUAAUGCAAGCGGUAAAGAUCCACCGGAGGAAAAAGAAGAGAAGGUGUUACAGGAAUGUCGGGCUUGUUUGAAGAAGUUAAAUGAUAAACAAAGUGUUUGCAAUGUAUUCCAGCCGUGGGCUCUACCCUGGAAAGGUAUGGAGCCCACCAUUGCCGAUGAUUUGGCUAAAUUAGCCAACAUUGAGGUAUCACAGACAGACAGACACACAAAAGUCCUAUGUGAACCAUGUUACCAUAAGUUACGAGAUGCAGCAAUAUUUGCAGCUGCAGUGAGGAACUGUGACCUGGUACUCCGAAUGAGGUUCACAGCGGAGAUAGAUAUGGAGAAAGUAUGGCCGAAACCCAUUCAAGUGGAUAAAAACUUAAACGGUUCUGUAUAUAGUAAUCCAAUGGAUGUUGAAAUCAAGCAGGAAGUGGUAACGGAUGAUGAAUAUCCUGUUAAUGGACCAGAAAACCCAUAUGUUGAGACUGAACUAGCCAAUUUGGAUAUUAAAAUUGAACCCGAAGAGUUUGUGGAACCCCCACCUCUGAAUAUCACUAUAAAUGGUACAAUAUCACUAGAUCCAUUGAACUCUGAGAACAGAGAACUUAUGAACGGACCACACACUUUAACACAGGAAACAAAUGAAUUCAUAGAAAUGACGGUGAAACAAGAGCCCCCUAGUGAAGGGGAGCAGGAGUUGGAGCUGGCACCGGACCUGCCUCUUGAGUGCAUGCUCUGUGCCAAGCCAUUCCACAGUGUCACUGGACUUAAGGCGCACGUGAUAGCCCAUCAUUCCUACAAGUCUGUGAAAAGGAAAUCGGACGGCAGUGUCUCGCCCGAGAAGAAACGUUUUGAUAAAUACAGAUGUGGCAUUUGUCAUACAGGUUUCUCAACGUCCACAGAUCUGAUGGUACAUGAGACCUGCCACAAUAAGUAUGCAUGUUACGCCUGUUCGAGGAAGUUCGACUCGUUCCCACUGCUCACUCGCCAUCGCAAGCGGUGUAAAGCUACCGUCUCCAACUCUGUACAGAAGCUUAAAACUUUAGAAGAUGUGAAAAGACCAGCAGUAGAUGACAUAUUGAAAGACUUCGAAGAUGGAGACACGAUAGAUGAACUGGAAGCAGAAGUAGAUCCACCAUUGUCAACAGAAAACCAAGAGAACAUACAAGAACAAGACAACACAAUAGACAACUCACAAGAUAAUUCAGAAAUAGGAGAAGACCAAUUAACAGAAGGACAAAACGAACAGGACACAAAAGGACAAUCAGAAAUAAUGAAUGAAGAUGUUGAAAUGAAGGAAUUGGAUAGUAAUAGGCAAGAUUCCAAUGAAGAAAAACAAAAACUUAGUGUUGAAAAUGAAUUACAAAAACUAUUUGAGUCAAGUGAAACAGUAGGUGAUGUUCAAAAUGAGAGUGAUGCGAAUGUAGACAGUGAUAAGAAUAUCAAUGAAAGUGAAAGUGAUGUACAAUUAGAAGUAACAAACAAAGGUGAUGAAGACCCAGAUAGUAUGAAAAUCCAUUUAGAAAUACACUCAGCCAGUAAAGAGACUGAACCGUCAGUGAAUGACAUUGAUAUAACCGCAGAAACCAUGAAAAAUGAUGACUGUUCUUAA